CACCCCUUCAUCACAUACCAAAUUCAUAUCUGUUUCUUCCCCUAUGUGAAUCCCCCUUCUCCACAAACCCACACAAACCCCCCUUUCAUCUCAUAGGGUUUCAAUUUCACACACACACACGCACUCAAAACCUAAAAUUAGGGUUUUUUCCUCUCAUUAAUCACUUCUAGUUUCCAAUAAUCCAACUUUCAUCAUCAAAACUCACCUUCUUAUUCACAAAUUAGUUACAAAUUCAGUGUUUAGCCCUAGGUUUUGGUGCCGAUUCAUCUAUCAAUGUAGAUUGUUUCGAUUUUUCGAUGUUCGAAACCCUAGAAAGUUCGAGGCGGUUAUAGUUGAAGAAGAUUAGUGAAUAAGUUUGAUUUUUUGGUUGUUUUUCAACGGCGUAUGGUUUUGAUUUGAUUAUAUAGGGUUGUAGGUCUGGUUUAAUUGGUGUUUUGGAUGGCGCCUAGCCGGAGAAGAGGUGUGAGUAAAGCCGCCGCAACCGCCGCCGCUUGCCGGAAGUGGAAGGUCGGCGAUCUUGUUCUGGCGAAGGUUAAAGGGUUCCCUGCUUGGCCUGCUACGGUUAGUGAGCCGGAAAAGUGGGGCUACACUACUGACUGGAAGAAAGUUCUAGUCUUUUUCUUUGGAACCCAACAAAUAGCAUUCUGUAAUCCAGCUGAUGUUGAGGCUUUUACUGAAGAAAAAAAAGUAUCUCUUAUGAAUAAACGCCACGGUAAAGGAGCUGAUUUUGUUCGUGCUGUAAGGGAAAUUAUUGAAAGUUACGAGGAAUUAAAACAACAGGAGCAAACAGACAAAAUUAGUAAUACAAUUGGUCAAAAUGCAUCAACAAAUGGGGUCAAAUCAGAGGAAUGUGUCGCCAGCUCAGCGUCAAAGGAUGAGGCUGUCACAGUCACACCUACUAUUGACUCGUGUUCGAAAAGUUCUGAUUCUUUAAAACCUUGUGAGGGUGCUGAUAUAAUGUCACAAGAUGACAAAGAUAUGUCUGAGGGGCAUAAUGGUAAUUUGGCGGUCAAGAAAGCACCUUUACCAACUACAUACUCAAGAAAGAAAUUUCUUGGUACCCGUGUACCUUCCGCUCGAAGGUCGAGGAGUUUUGUUCGGGCAGAAUCUUGCAGAUUUCAAACAGAAGAUGUGACAAAUAAUGGGUCACAAAGAAGGACCAAACGGGUCAGGACAUCACCAGGUUCAUCUGAUGGAGUGGGUUCGGGUUCGAAUGCAAGUCCUGAAGAAAAUGGUUCAGGAAUCGUGACUGCUGGUUCUGAUACCAAGAGUUUAAACGACGGAAAUUGUGUACAGUCUGGUUACAAUAAGAUUAUGGAAAAUGAGUUUGACUUGCCGCUGAGUCAAACUCUUGAAUUCCAAAAUAAAGCUGUCAUUUUUAAAAAGAAACGAAAGCCAAGUAGAAAACGCGACUUCCCUGAUAAAAUCGAACCCGUUCAGAAUUUUGAUAUUGAAGAAUCUAUCGGGAAGCAUUCAAAGGAAGACGGUGAUGAGCAUCUGCCGUUAGUGAAACGGGCCCGGGUUCGAAUGGGGCAAACCUCUGAACCAGUAAAUAAACCAGCCCUAGAAGAUCAAGAUAGAGGUCAGGAAGAAUUUGACCCGUGCUUUACGUUAAACAAAUGUAGUGUUAAUAAACCGCCAGUAUGGGAAGUUAAUAAGAAUAAGCAUAUUGGUUGUAUGGUUGAUGGUGAAGCUGCUUUACCACCGUUUAAACGUCUCCAUCGGGCUCUAGAGGCUAUGUCUGCUAAUGUUGCGGAAGAUAAGCAAGUUUCUCUUGGCGGGCCAUCCACCAUGAAAACAGUUAUUAAUGGAACUAUAGAGGGUAAAGAAAAAGAAACAGAUGAAAUUUGUGGCAAUUCGUCUUCACCCGUUGAACAAAAUGAGAUGAUUGUCGAGGUCAACACAUGCAGUCAACCUGCUAAUCGUGCAGAAGAUAAACAAGUUUCCACCAUGAAAACCAUUGUCAGUGGAACUUUAGAGAGUAAAGAAACAGAUGAAGUUUGUAGCAAUUUAUCUUCACCUGUUGAACCGAAUGUGAUGAUUGAUCAGGUCAACACGAUAAGUCAACCUGCUAUUGUCGCAGAAGAUAAACAAGAUUCUCUUGGUGGGCCAUCCACUGUGAAAAUCGUUAUCAAUGGAACUUUGGAGAGUAAGGAAACUGGUGAAAUUUGUAGCAAUGUGUCUUCGCGAGUUGAACAGAAUGAGCUGAUUGAUGAGGUCAACACGUGUGGUCAACCUGCUAAUGUUGCAGACGAUAAACAGGUGUCUCCAUGUGAGCCAUCCACCAUGAAAACCAUUAUCAACAGAACUUCAGAGAGUAAAGAAACAGUUGAAAUUUGUGACGAUUUAUCUUUACGAGCUGAACAAAACGAGAUGAUUGACGAGGUCAACACGUGCAGUCAACCUUCUAAUGUUGCAGAAGAUAAACAAGUUUUGCUUGGUGAAUCAUCCACCAUGAUAUCCAUUGUUAAUGGAACUUUAGAGAGUAAGGGAAGAUAUGAAAUUAGUAGCAAUUUAUCUUCACCAGUCGAACGACUCGAACAGCAUGUUGAUGAGGUCAACACGUGUGGUCAACCUGCUAGUGUUGCAGAUAAACAAGUUUCUCUUGACAACGGAACUUUAAAGAGUAAGGAAACGGAUGAAAUUUGUAGCAGUUUAUCUUCACCAGGUGAACAGAUUGAGAUGAUUAAUGAGGUCAACACGUGCAGUCAACCUUCUAGGAGUAGUAGUCCAGGGCAAAAGCCUAUGGAAAUUGAUGACAGUAAAGAUUCUGUCAUGUUGGAUUCUGUUACUAAAGUAGUUGAAACAGUUGCAUGUUCUCAAAGCCCAAUAAUAGUUGAUGAGGUCAAUACAUGUGGUCAACCAUCUAGUUUGGAGGAGAUUGAAGCUAGCAAAAAAGAUCCGUCGGAUGUUUACGGUUCCGGGGUGAGUUCAGAUCCAGUAUCAAGUAAAUCGGAAAACGGUGUUGUUUCACAUGAUGAUGUUAUUAUGGCAGUCCAUCCAAUUGAAGAUAAUGGCAAUGAUAAUGCAAUACUUGAAGAUACUGAAGGAACCAAAAAGUCAAACAUGGAAGUCGAUGAUUCUCUGUCUUUAGAUGUUGCAAAAGAGUUGACUACUGCUGACUCGGUCAAUGAACAUCCUCAUUCAACUCUUAUUUCAGACGAUAACACAAGCCAUAAAAGUGUGUCGGGUACCCGGACACCCUCUCCCCCGACUGACCCGUUUGACUCAGCUGAUGUGUCACGAGCUUCUCCACCCAAUAACACUUCGGUUUCCUAUAUCAUAUCCAAGCCAGAUAAUAGUAAUUUACUUGAAAACAGUUGUAGUCCGAAUGUGCAUGAAAAACCAAAACACACUGGUAACAAGUGGAACACUAUUUCAGAAGCAAAUGCUGUUUUGACUUCUUUUGAGGCAAGCCUUGAGGCACUAACGCGGACCAAAAAAAGCAUUGACAGGGCUACUCGCAUUGCCAUUGACGCUGCUAAAUUUGGAAGUGCCGUCAAGGUGGUGGAGACUAUUGCUCGCAGUUUGGAAUGUGAAUCAAGUUUACAUAAACGGGUGGACUUGUUCUUUCUUGUGGAUUCUAUUGCACAAUGUUCUCGAGGGCUUAAAGGUGGUGUGGGUGGUGUGUAUCCUUCGGCUAUCCAGGCAGUGCUACCGCGGUUAUUGUUGGCUGCUGCUCCUCCAGGGAGUAGUGCUCUUGAAAAUCGUAGGCAAUGUUUAAAGGUUCUAAAGCUGUGGCAAGAAAGAAAAAUCAUUCCGGAACCAAUGAUUCGUCACCAUAUUCGUGAGCUUGAGUCCCUCAACAUGAUGUCUUCUAGACUCAGUAAUUCUCGCCGGGCCUUUAGAAAUGAACGGGCCUUUGAUGAUCCAGUUAGGGAAGUUGAGGGUAUGCUAGUCGAUGAGUAUGGAAGUAACUCGAGUAUGCAGUUAUCGGGUUUCUGCAUACCAACAAUGCUGAAAGAUGAAAAAGAAGGAAGUGAUUCUGAUUCCGACGCGGAGGGGUUUGAGGCGGUAACACCUGAACGUGAUCCUGAAAUUUGUGAACAUGAUAAGGUCCUUACACCUGCAGCGGAGAAGCAUACCCAUGUACUUGAGGAUGUUGAUGGUGAGCUUGAAAUGGAAGAUGUGGCCCCCACCCAUGAAGGUCAAGUAACAGUAACUGCCCCUGUGGAAAAAGCUGUAGGCACAUCCCACCAUCAACUCCCACAACAUUUGCCGCCGUUACCGCAAGAUUUGCCGCCAUCGUUUCCCCCGUUGCCAAGCUCUCCUCCACCGCCACCUCCUGCUUCUCUUCCACCCCCACCGCCAACACCUCCUUCCGCUCCCCUUCCGCCACCGCCACCGCCACCGCCGCCAGUUUUGCUUUCUGCACCUCCCCCGCCUCAAGCCUCUCUUCUCCCGCCGCCACCUCCUCCAGCCUCGCUUCCUCCUCCUCCUCCUCCACCUCCAGCUUCUCUUCCACCACCUCCUCCACCGCCAGCCUCUGUUCCUCCACCUCCUCCACCGUUAGUCUCGAUUCCUCCACCUCCUGCAGCGUCUAUUCCUCCACCACCUCCAGCCUCCUUUCCGGCACCGCCUCUAUUACCCGACACUAUGAGUAAUUUUCCUGAUGCCAACGUUUAUGCAGCUAGUCAGAACUGUAACGAUGAUCCACAGCUAUCAACAGCUCCAUCAGUUAAUUACCAUUCUUCCGAAGUACCAGAAUCAUCCAAUUCUGGCUCUUUCGGUAUCCCCCGCCCACCUGUUCAAGUCGCCAGUAACGUGCACCUUAGGCCACCACACCCUGCUCCAUCAUCUCAGUUCUCGUAUUUUCAGUCAGAUCAGUCGUGUAGGGACGUUCCGCCUCCUUCAUACCCCGGCAGAUUCCAUUUUGUCAAUGGUACAGAUACCGGUAAUUUUCACAGUGAUCAUGACAGAAUGCACUUACCCCCACAUGAUGACAGCUGGCGGUUUCAACCCCCUCCAUUCUCUGGUCCCUGUCAUCCUGAUGGCCCGAUAGGACGAUAUCCUCCCAAUAUGUAUGCGGGCCCACCAUGUGAACCACCAGUGUCCUGGCAUUAUCCUGUAAGACCUCCGAAUCAUAGAGAUAUGCCACCUCAUAGACCAUACCCUGAAGCCUCAGCUCAUAUGGCUCCUCGAGGUGUUGCAGGUCCAAACUUUUGGAGACCAAGGUGACAGACACAUGAGGCCAACCAUACUUUAAUGUUAUAGCAAACCGACCAUAUAUUCUGUUGAAUUCACGGGGCUUGUUACAAAACACCGCUGUACAAUCUUCUAGAAGAAACUUUUUUGCAUCAAACAGUGCACAGAAAACUUGCAUCAAGAUGUAUAAUGAUUAAUUCCUGAAUGUAAAUGCACAUUUUCGUCGGGUUCAGAAACGGAGCUAAAGCUUCCGACUUUCUUCUGGUGCUUACAUGUAUGCAACUGCUGCAACAUCAUCCUGUCAUUUUUGGGGUUUGACGUUUUUAAAGGUUACCUGAUGUCAUUCAUGUUUUAGCCAAAAUGUUGGAUGUUUUUUAAUUGUUUUUUGGUUGUCAUAGGAAUGAAUUAAAAACAUGAUCUUGGCUGUACAUUUUGGUUUAAAAAUUGAAAGUUAUUUGUUGUUUUUCUUUA